CAUCCACCUCCAUCCUCCUCAAGUGUUUAUAAGCAUGGUGGUCAUUUUCUUUGCUUGCACAAAGCUGAGAAAAACACCCCGAGAAAAUCAAAAUCAAAAACAAAAACAGCAAGAAAAGCAAAUACCCAUUUAGAAGAUCGACCAAGAUGACUGGUUCUGGUUCUCCUUGUGGAGCUUGCAAGUUCUUGAGAAGGAAAUGUGUGAGAGGUUGUGUUUUUGCACCUUAUUUCUGCCAUGAACAAGGUGCUACACAUUUUGCAGCCAUUCACAAAGUUUUUGGUGCAAGCAAUGUGUCAAAGUUGCUUGCUCAUCUCCCUGUGAGUGAUCGUUGUGAAGCUGCAGUCACAAUUUCUUAUGAAGCUCAAGCUCGGCUUCAAGAUCCCAUCUAUGGCUGUGUUUCACACAUUUUUGCUCUUCAACAGCAGGUCAUGAAUCUACAAGCGCAACUUGCUUCUAUCAGAGAACAAGCAGCUCAAAGCUUGAUUAAUGGCUCUGCAACAGCAAACCCUAAUGAAAAAUACUAUGGAAAACCAGCUUGUCUUCUUCCAGAAGAUCUUCAAAGCAGCUGGUUUCAGUCAGGGAAUUCAAACAUGGUGCCACAAUUUAAUCCAAGCCCCAUUACUGGAAACACACAAUAUGGAGAAAAUGGGUUCGUUGAUAUCCCAUACGCCAUGGGAAAUUAUGGAAAAUCUUCAACAAAUACGUCAUUCGAUAGCUUUGAAGAGGCUGCUUCUCAUUCAAUUUCUUCCCUUGACAUGCAAAAAGACAACAGGCAAUGGACCUAUCAAGAUUCCGAUGAUCUCCGGUCGGUGGCAUUUGGGUACAUUCAGCACUCGUGAAGGAAGCCAUCAAGAAAGAGAGAAAGAGAUGCCUUGUGCAGGAUUAUAUAUAUAAUCGGUUCAAAAGCUCAUGAGAAAGUUUUGGAAGAAUGUGAAGUUUGAAGAUUGAUGACUAUGAAGUGUAGAAGUGCAUAUUCUUGAUUGCUUCAUGACUUAAUUGCUAGUAGUUAAUGGCUUUUAAUGCUAAAUGGAAAUGGCUUUGUUGCUAUUUCUUGCUUAAUGAAAGUUCUAUUUCUUGA